AUGAAUAUCAGUGGCACCUUGAAUACGCUUCGGUUGCUUUAUAAUCCAUCAUUGUGUAAGCCUAGUCUAGUUGUCCCCACUUUUAACGAUCUUCCUAUACCUAUUCACGAUUCUAUAAAGGCCGUGGUCUUGGAUAAAGACAAUUGCAUUGCCUUCCCUCACGAUGACAAUAUAUGGCCAGAUUACUUGCAACACUGGGAAACCUUAAAAUCGAAAUACUCCAAUAAAGCGCUCUUGAUCGUUAGCAAUACUGCCGGUUCUACUUCUGAUAAAGACUAUGUGCAAGCAACACUUUUGGAAGAUAAGACAGGUAUACCCGUUUUGAGACACUCUACAAAGAAACCAGGUUGUCACAGCGAAAUUUUGGAUUAUUUUUAUAAAAACAAAACUAUAACAAACCCUAAGGAGGUUGCUGUUGUUGGAGAUAGGCUUUUCACUGACAUUUUGAUGGCAAAUCUAAUGGGUUCAUAUGGGGUGUGGAUUCGAGAUGGUGUUAAAAUAUCGUCGAACCCUCUAUCCAAAUUCGAAAAAAAAUUGUACAACUUUUUGGGAUUUUGA